AUUGUUCAGAAGGAUUAGAAGAGCAUUGUAUACAUAGUGUAUAUACAAACAGCAUAUAACCCUCUCUUUGUUUACAAUGUAACUCUCAAGCUAAAUGUAAACAAAGAUGUAAGGAGCUGUUCACAAAAAUAUUUAGCAGUUACACAUGGAGCUGCAAACGUUUAAGGGGAAGAAUUGCACUGCAUAUCAUAAACCAACUUGAGACAGAAUUGUAACAAGAUGGGUAAGGACUACUACGCCACCCUGGGCGUAUCGAGGGGUAGUAGUGACGACGACAUUAAGAAAGCUUACCGGAAAAUGGCACUAAAAUUUCAUCCAGAUAAAAAUACGGAUGAAGGCGCAGAGGAGAAAUUUAAGGAAAUUGGAGAAGCUUAUGAAGUUCUAAGUGACAAGGAGAAGCGAGGCGUAUAUGACCGGUUAGGGGAGGAAGGGCUCCGCCGUGGCGGAGGCGGGGGUGGAGGAGGCGGAACCAGCCACACUCCAACCUAUACCAGACACUUCUCAUUCCAUCCCAGGGAUCCAUUCGAUCUUUUCAAAACAUUUUUUGGCGGACACGAUCCAUUCCUUGAUCCGUUCGGCGGAGACCCAUUCCAUACACGAUUCCACCAACAGGCACAUCAGAAUCAUGCAGCAAGUAUUUUCAACAACCAUCCUUUCUUCAAUGGAGUGGUAGCUGCAGUAGCAGUGGCUUCAGUAGCCACAACUGUAGUUACAGCGGGAAUGGGAUUGACUACUGCAGUAACAGCAGCAACUGCCGUAAUAACGGCAAUGGCUGCAGCAACAGCGGUACUAAUGGCGUUGGGAGGAGCGUUAGCUACUGUAGCAGUAGCAUCAUCAUUGGCAACCGUUCUGGCAAUAGCAAUUGCGUUGGUCAUGAUCAUAACAUCAUUGUUGGCAAUGUCAAUGGUGACAUGGUGGUUAGUGGCAAAAAUAUCAAAACGAUACUGGAAUCGGGCUCAGAAAAAGUUUUGGCAGAGGUUAUUUCCGAAGACUGUGACUCGAUAAGAAAAUGGUGUAGGCAUCCAAAUUAAAAGAUUAAAAACGACUGUUGAUGUGAUCUCAUAUUUGCUUAUAAGAGAUUUGUGUGAUUUUCUAUU